AGUUGAGUGUUGCGCACUCGACGAGGCGUAGACGGUGUUGUUGCCUGUUGUUGCCCGGCGGUCGCUGGUCUCCUCUCGCAGCGGUGAAUUCGCGCGGACUCGCGUCCAGGGCGGCAGGGCCGGCACUCGACGAGAUCGCGGCUACACCCGGCGGCUCAAGGACGGAGAAGCUCGUGCCUGGGGAGAUGGGCCGGUCGCGCUCGCGGUCGAAGUCGCCGAGCAGGCGGCGUCACAAGAGCAAGCACUCGCGCAAGCGGUCCAAGUCGCGCGAGAAGCACUCCAACAACAAGUACUCGGACAAGCCGAAGGAGCGCGGCUCCAAGUCCAGGAAACGAUCCCAUUCGGCGUCGUCCAGCACCGGCUCGGAUGUGUCGGACGACGUGCACAUCGUCAGCCACAAGAAGCGCAUGUACAGGGACAGGGAUCGGAAGAUGGACGAGGUGGAGAGGCUGGCGGAGAUGGAACGGCAGAGGAAAAAGAAAGAAUUAAUGAACAAAAUCUUCACCACGAGCACGGUCGGACGUCAGCGCGAGGUGGAGCAGAAGAUGGUGGAGGAGGAAGCGGCCAAACGUAUAGAAGAGCUUGUACAGAAGCGGGUGGAAGAGGAGCUUGAGAAGCGUAAGGAGGAAAUUGACGCGGAGGUGCAGAGGCGGGUGGAAGAAGCCAAGAGGGCUAUGGAGCGUCAGAUGAUGGAGGAGAUGGAGUGGAGACAGGCGAAACUACGUGAGGAGGAGAAACGAAGAGAGGAGGAAGAGCGGAAGAAGCGUGAGGAACUAGAGAGGAUUAUGGAGGAGAACAACAGAAAGAUAGAGGAAGCACAGAAGAAAUUGGCUGAGGAAAGAUUGGCCAUGGUUGAAGAACAACGGUUAAUGGAAGAGGAGAGGCAAAAGAUGAGGAAGGAACACGAGAAACGCGUUAAGGAGGAGCAAAAGAGGAUCUUAGGCAAGAAUAAUUCAAGGCCUAAGUUAUCCUUUUCGCUAAAAUCAGUUACGUAAGUUUAGUAUUUGUAUUGUUUCAUUCAGAUUUACAUGUGAUAUGUACACGAAAUCUUGUCAGCUUUCGUACUUGAUUCACGAGAACAGUUAUAGACUGUAGCUGUGCAGGUAUAUAGCUAUAUCUAUACAGGUACAUAGAUAAGUUCAGUAACAUAAGAUACAAAGCUCACCCUAAUGUAUUCAAAGCGAUCGUUGAAGUCAAACAAGAUUGAAUUUUAUUUGAUUGUGAUUAUACAUCAGAAUCAAAUAAUCAGUUCUCGUCUUGUCAGAUUUCAACGCCGAUACAGGAUGGGAUUUCAUGUUACGUGAGAUUAUGCUAACAUCUGUAUGAGCGAAUAUAAAUUUUUUUUUAUGUACAAAAUUAUAUCGCGACGGUCAUGUAAGUACUUUUAAUUUAUCAAACAAUUUUGAAUUUUAUACAUCAUACUUUUCCAUACGUUUGAUUCGUUCUUUCUGAUAUAAGCAUAUCUCUAGCCCAUGUGCAGAUGUAUUCCAUGAUUUAUAUACACGCUAUUUGUACAUCGUAGGUAUUGCCGUCUCGGUAAAAAUCUAUUUUAUUUCAGCGAAUAAAUCACAUAUAUCACAUUAGAUCAUGUUGCAAUAAUGGCAAAUUAAUUGUUUGUACUUUUAAAUUGGUCGAGUGAAGUUAUUAUGGAAGAUACGAUCACAUUAUUUUUCUUUUCCUAAUAGUUUCUUUUUGUGGACAACUUUAGAAAAUAAUAAACGUAUGUUAUAACAAUGAUUUUCUUGAAAGUACUGUAAAAGAAACUAGAUAUCUAUUUUACAAUUACAUUACAAGAUUUUACUGUCUGAAUACCUAUCAUCGUUUUGAUCUGAUGCAGUAUAUAUUUAUUCUAUUAAACGGUAAAAUGGAAUAUGUUUGGAACAAAAUUAAAUUACACAACGCUCUUAAAAAUUAUAAAACUGAGAGAUUUUGUACAUGAGUAAUGAAUGUGGACAUAGAACGUGACAUAAUCCUAUCUACGUUAACCGUGUAACAAUGUGUAACGCAUUGACCCGUAAGAAGAUAAACAUUUUGUCUAUAUAGGAUUGUAUACCUACAACAUUGUUACUUGUAUCAUAAACACGUUUUUAAUAAA